AUGAAACAAAGAGUAACUAUCUAUAAGACGAGCCACGCUCUGAGCAGAGAGACUCAACGGGCUGCAGAGGGAACCUUCGCCUACGUGUCUGAGAAGGGAGGAGAGCUCUACAUCAGAGCACGUGACGGCUGGCGCAAGAUCCAGCUCGGAGAGUUAAUUCAUUCGGGACCUUCCCCCUCAGCAGCGUCUCAGACAAUCAGCAGACUACCAGAGGGGACCCGACCACACAGGAUCCACAGCCAGGAGCUUCAAGAGGGAAGUCGAGGAUAUCAGCCUAGCUAUAAUGUACUACCACAGACCUUCAACGCUGUACCUGGGCUCCAUCUGGUAGCCCUGAACACCCCGCUGAAAGGGGACAUGCGUGGCAUUCGCGGGGCAGACUUCCAGUGCUACCAGCAGGCCCGCUCCAUGGGGCUAACAGCCACCUACAGGGCCUUCCUGUCCUCGCACCUCCAGGACCUGGCAACCAUCGUGAGGAAGGUGGAUCGCAAUGACAUGCCCGUGGUUAACCUCAGGGGUGAAGUGUUGUUCAGUAGUUGGAUGUCCAUCUUCUCUGGGAAUGGAGGCACAUUUGAACCCUCCACACCAAUCUACUCCUUCAACGGACGCAACGUGAUGACAGACUCAGCAUGGCCAGAAAAGCUGGUGUGGCACGGCUCCAACACGGGGGGCAUCCGCGUGACCACUAACUACUGCGAGGCGUGGAGGACGGCUGACGUGGCGGUGACGGGCCAGGCUGCGCUGCUGCAGACAGGGCGACUGUUAGGACAACACACCCGCUCCUGCUCCAACCACUACAUAGUGCUGUGUAUAGAGAACACAUACGUGGGGAACACACAUCAAAGGAGGACCUGAGGAGGCCGAGGAAACACACACACACACACACACACACACACACACACAC